CUAUUGCCAGAGCAAAGCCUUUUAUCGUCGCCGAGAAAGGCAGAAGGGAAUGACAGAAAGAGCCCAGCCUGAGGAAACCUCCUUCGCAAAGCCGUGUCACUUGGAGGGGAAUUUUGGCAUCGCCAGAGUUGUUUGCAGUUUGGCUUUUGAAAAAUAUAUCCAGCCUCGACUGCUCUUGGGCAGCGGGAGAGGCUGGAGCUCAGAUCAGACCCAUCGCUGCGCGGGGGCCGCGGGUCUCAGGUCCCAGCUCCGCAGCAACUUCCAACACCCCCUUCACGCCGGAUGUGCCCCCUUCCCUUCACCCUCCCGAACCAAAAAAGACCCCAGCCCCCGCCCCUACAGCCCACAGAGAAUCACUGGUCUUCGCUGCCAGAAUCUAAGUGGAAAGGAAAGAUUAGGAGAUUCCAAGCGGAGCAGCCAGAUUCCACCAGGGAGGGGGGAAAAAGCCCUCUCCAAGAGGGGUAGAAAAAGUGAACUUCAAGAAUUUGGAGAGAAACUGAUUUGCAUUGGUGAGGGGACUACAAAUGCUGACUCCUUCAAUCAUGCACAAUUGUAGAAAGAAAGAAAG